UUCUGCACCCCACAUCCACCACUUCCUUCUGCCUUGGAUUUCCUGGAAUGUGCUGCAGCAGGGGUGUGGGUGGAAGCCCUGUGGUCACAGCCCUCAAGUUGCAGGCUCUGCCGAGAUGGGGCCCAGCUGUGUCCUCUGGACAGCGGCGGUGGCAGCGUUGCUUCCGGCUCGGGCUGCUUUGCUGGGAGUCUCUCAGCUCUGUGGCCGGCUCGAGUACUGGAACCCCGGCAAGAAGUGCUGCAGCAGCUGCCUGCAACGCUUCGGGCCUCCUGCAUGUCCCGACUACGAGUUUAUGGAAAACUGCGGGAUCAAUGACUUUGGCAAUACUGUAGCACAUCCUUUCAAAAAGUGUUCUCCUGGGUAUUGCAACCCCAAUGGCACAGAGCUGUGUAGCCAAUGUCACAGCAGAGCCACAGCCCCCAGUCACACGGAGAGCCCCGGCAGAACCCAGAAACGGUGUAGAAAGAAGCCCACCCCUCCCAAGGACGCCUGUCCUCUGACAGCUGAGGAAGCAGGGGUCUCUAGCUCACCGGUGAGGUGGAGUCUUGAGCAGACAACCAAGAGUGAUGUCCCCAGGCCAGGCUUUGCCUCCCCCUCAGCGCUGCCCCUGUUCCUGGGGCUGCUCCUGGGGCUGCUCCUGGUCUUGGCAGUGGCCCUGCUGCUCUCUUUGUUCAAGAGAAAAGCCCGUUCUCCUCCGUGUCCCAGCUUGGCCGGUGGAGACCUCAGCGCCUCUGCACCCUGGCCCUCCCCAGGUACCCUGGAGGUAUUGGGAAAAAGGAACUCCGGGAAGCCGGCUCUGCUGCGGCUCUCUGCUGGGGUUAGUAGGGGACAGCCCUGCCCAGGAGGGAAGGCUGUCAAAGCUGUCCUUCCUCUCCUCGCCCCUCCCUGCUCUUCAGAGCCACAGGGCCUGGCCUCACAGCCCCUCUCUCGCCUGCUGGACGAGCUGGAGGUUCUGGAGGAGCUGAUUAUGCUGCUGGACCCUGAGCCUGGGCCCAGCGGGAGCAUGGCUUACGGCACCACACGACACCUGGCUGCAAGAUACGGGCUGCCUGCCGCCUGGUCUACCUUUGCCUACUCCCUGCGUCCCAGUCGCUCACCCCUGAGGGCCCUGAUUGAGAUGGUGGUAGCGAGGGAGCCAUCUGCUACCGUGGGACAGCUUGGCAUGCACCUGGCCCAGCUGGGCCGUGCAGAUGCGCUGCAGGUGCUGUGCAGGCUUGGCUGA